AUGGCUACUGCUUCUUCCACGACUCCUUGGUGUGGAUUCGAUGAGUUCCACAUCGAUCUCAUCAAGUUUUUCCGAGACCGCGCCGUGCAGACAGUCGAGCCAUUGAAAUUGCGCACCUUGUGCAGGGAAUUCAUGAAGGAUAAUUGUCCACAUCUGACUAUCCCUCAUCUUCAGCAUCGCGCCGCUCUCGUCAAAAACCGAAUCCAUGAGUUGAAGGAGUUUGAUAUGGAGACUAGGAUCAGAAUGCUGUUCGCAUUAGGUGUUCCUGUCGAUGAAUACUUUGCUGAUGAGAUUCGUGAGCAGGAAGACGUGAUCUUGGAACUAGAUGAGCGCAAUCGAAUCACAAAGUACGAAAAGAAGGGAGGAAUCAAGUUGACCGGCAAGCAGACCCAUAUUGGCUUUCGAGGGUUCUCGGAAAAGGAUCGGAGUAUUCAGAGCCGAAUGAUGGAGCAUCUGGCUAAAAGGUCGACAACUGUCAACGCUCCUCUUCCAGUUACUGCGUUCUUGAACGAUUUCAAAGAAUGUACCGGAGAAGAGUCGCUGGUGGGCAUGAUGUGGAAACGAUAUGACGUCGUCAAGUCGAACAUUUUCGGCGCGACAGAAUACGAUUUGAAUACUCGAAUCAAGAUGCUUUUUAUCUCCGGAGCCAGACUUCCGGAUCGUGUUCUUAAAGAACUUCAAAACAUUGCUUUUGUCAAUGUCGACUCAGAGAACCGGAUCAUUGGGUUCUGUGCUUAUGACGGAAGCCUCGACUUAAUAGGCACUCACAUGCACCUCGGAAAAAAGAAGUCCGUUUUUGAAGAAUCUUUGAAUACCGAACCGGAGGAGGAUUACUAUGGGUAUAACGAUGUCUCCGGCAACAGCAAUCUGGUUGUUCCGAAAAGAGAAGAGAGUGAGGAGAGGCGAAGCCAGAAAAGAAAGCCCGUCGAGCUGAAAAGUUUGGGGGAACCAGUGCCCAAGAAGAAUCAUUCGAUGCCAGGUCCAAGUUCGGUUAAGAAAGAGGUCACUGAGCAAGAAAGAUUGGAGAACUAUAUGGCUGGAAUCGAUUCAACUUCUCCUGUGAGAAUCAAAUUCGUAUCAACAUCAUCAGAACCAAUGGACGUCAUCGGCAGUGGUGAAGUACUGAGAAUUCUUCGCAAUUUGCUCUGGUCCCUGUGCAAUCCACAUCUCACCAACCUCUUGAAAACAGUUGAGGAGGCUUUACUGCACAAUGCUCAUGAGGAUAUCCCAACGGAGGCUCUCAAAUGCGUUUUUCUCUCAAGCCUCUAUCUCGGACAAAGUCAUGCUGCUGAGAUCGUCCCGGUGGAUUCACUGGGCCCAUGGAAAUCGUACCCUUACGAACAAUUCCUCAUAUUGUACCGCUUCACCGUGUACAGUUUGGACAAGAAUGAGCAACUUGAAGAGGUCCAGCAGAAGAUCACCGAAUUCAUAGGAACUGCUGGAAACAAGAAACUCGAGACAACGAGACUCAAAAUGAUGGUCGAAAAUGUCCUCGCCUUGGUCACCUAA